AGUUUGGUGCUGCGUGUCUCCAGCCUGCCUCUGGUCCGCUCUGCGCUGCAGUCCGUGAACUCUGUGUACUCGGAGGUCAAAGGUCGUUACCCCCUACUGAACCUGGUGGGGGGGGUCGCCGAGGUCGGGGUCCGCAGCGUCUCCAACGUCGCCAUGACGACGGCAACGCCCCUCCUUCAGAGCCUGGAGCUGCAGAUCGAAGUUGCUGAGAGUUUUGCUCUCUUUGGUCUCGACUCUCUGGAGAAGAACUUCCCGAUCCUGAACCAAUCAACAGACGAGGUGGUGGGUCACCUGAAGGACGCCUUCUUCCUGACGCUGGACGACGUGCAGCUGUGGGUGGGGGACGGUCUGGACGUGGCUCUGGAUCAGAUGGAGCGUCUGUCUGAAGGCGCUGUGGCGGUGGUGAGGCAGCUUCAGGACUCUCAGGUGGGCCAGGUGGCUUCCUUUGGGCUGGACGACCUGCUGACCCGCCUGGAGGAUGCCGCCGCCCACUACCUGCCCCUCCCCCCCACCCUGCGUCGGGAGUGGGAGCUGAGGGUGCAGGAGCUGGAGGAUGAAGAGGAGGAUGAUGGUGAGCCCAGCUUGUGGACGAGGGUCCGCAGUCUGCUGCUGAACCUCGGCCUGCAGCUGUACCACCGCAUGAUGAAGGUCCGGGACAUGCUGCAGAGAGCUGCCCUGACUCUAGGGGGCGCCGCCAACCAGGUGGGUCUGGGUUUAGUUCUGGAUCUGAGUGGAGAGCUGCUGCUGGUCCUACAGCGCCUCCUGGUGGCUCUGGUUUACCGGACGGAGAACGUCCGAGAGCGGAUGAUCAGCGAGGUCAAAGGUCGGACCGCCAUGCUGGCCGAGCUGCGUCCGGUCCGUCAGAUCUCAGAGCUGCCGGUCCAGAUCCAGCAGCUCCUGGGAGACCUGCAGGAGUUAGCCAAGAUCCUGCUGCAGCUCGUCAUCAACGCCACGCCGCUCUACACCAUGCUCCAGCAGCCGUCUGCUCAGGAGGUCGAGGACUUCCUGAACCAGGAGGACUUUUCGGGCGACGUUCCGUCUGGCCCUAACUCUGCGGACAGUCUCUUCCUGAAGGCGAUGGACGGACGUCCUCGCCGCCGCCAGAGUCUUUACUCCCGCAGCGGCAGGAGCCCUCUGAGCCCUCAGAGCGCCGACCCGCCCAGCGUCCGGCGCCGGUCCAGCCUGAGGGACCUGCCGCCGCCCGGCGUCCGGCGCCGGUCCAGCCUGAUGGACCUGCCGCCACCGGAGCUCGAUGUCCAGCCGCCGCCGAUCCCUUCCGACGGCGGGAAACUGCGGCGCCCGUCGGCAACCGAGCUGCUGCUGGCGCCGCUCAAACAGUUUGUGGCUCAGAGCCAGAAGGCCUUCGAGUACCUGAGCCCCAACGCUCCCGAGGACCCGGAGCCCGGCGACUCCACCGACAACGGCAUGGACUGCUAAACGCCACCCUGAGGUCUCAGAUCCACAAUAAAGAACCACCGCCCCCGCCCCCCCCUCGACCAAUCACAGCCCUCCGUCUCCGCCCCUGAUGGCGAUCCCUUCCUGCCUCGACUGAUGCUCGUUUGCUCGUUCACGUUCAGAAACGGAGCGAUUGCAAAGUUAGUUUAAAAGGUCGUAAAUGAGUUUUAAUCUCACAUCAACAUAACAGAAAACACUUAGACGAUGCUUAAUCUGUCCUUUAGGAUUCAGUUUCAUCCAGAAUACUUCAUAUUAAGGUACAUGUAUUCACUUGUACCCAUUGGCUUAUUAGCGUGUUUAUUAGCAGCUUUCCCCUCAUUCUGCACGACCAAUGGCACGGUUUCAUUUCCCCUCCACAAACUUCCAGAUUAUUCACAGUAAGAUAGGAAGUUCUCGAACACAAAAUUAAAGCUUAGACUGGUUUUAGAAGAUGGUAGUGGGGGGGGGCAGUGACUCAUAGUAGUUGCCUAACAAUGGCAGAGUCACUGGUUCGAUUCCCAGCCCCGGUGGUCAACAUGUGGAAGUGUCCUUCAGGAGAGACAAACUGUUCUUAUUAAGAAACCCUACGAGGGUUAGAAGUGUACGUUUAGUUAAAAGGUUAUAGAAGAUUUCACGCAUUGUUAAGUGUUUGGUAACAACUCUUACAGAUGUUGCUAAUGUAAAUGCUAAUAUGCCACUAGUUACCUGCUAAUAUGUGUACCUGAAUGUAAUAUUUAUACAUAUAUAUACUAUUUUAAACAUGAAUAAAUUGUCUAGAGUUACCUGUGAUUUAUUGACUAGUAAAUAAGUAAAUAUUCCGGACUGAAUAUUGAAGCUAUUGUAACUUCAAUUUGGAUGAAAUCUGAAAUACAGGCUGAGUUUUGUCAGAUAUUUAACAAAUAUAAAUAAAAAAAUGUAAUUAUUAUGAGGUCUGCCGUUUCUCUGUAA